GAGGCAUAUUCCUAGCUGCCACUGGAGGAAUCAAGAGGUGGGUGAUUUCUGUCCUGAAUCUUAGGAAACCUCUGAUAAGAAGGUGAAAUUAUCGAACAAACUCAGAACCAUUGCUAGCCACUAGCCAUUGGCCAACCCCAAAAAGGGACUUGGCCUUUUGAGAAGUCUCCCGAGUGGUGUAGAGCAUAAGAAGAUUGGAGUAGAAGGAUAAGCCCGGUGAGUUGUGGACAUGUCUGGCGUUCUGCUUUGGGUGGUUUGUCCCAAGGAGAAUGCCUCAUUCUCCUCUCUGUUCAGCUUCAUACCCAGAAAUGGCAUGCAGAGGAGAUUCAAACCAGGUUCUAGACUCAAAUUCUCAACUGGGUUUUCGGCUGUUAGAAAUGCAGUUGCAAACCCAUCAAUAUCUUCAGAGGAGAGGGUCUAUGAAGUGGUGCUUAGGCAAGCCGCUCUGGUGAGGGAGCAGAAGAGAGAUAGAGCUCUGGAUUUGAAAAAGCCUGUUGAAACUGAUGGUAUGGUGAACUGGGAUCUGUUGAAUGGGGCUUAUGAUAGAUGCGGUGAGGUCUGUGCUGAGUACGCCAAGACCUUCUACUUGGGAACCCUACUUAUGACUCCAGAGCGGCGGAGAGCUGUAUGGGCAAUUUAUGUGUGGUGCAGAAGGACCGACGAGCUUGUGGAUGGACCUAAUGCUUCACACAUGUCACCCAAGGCCCUUGACAGAUGGGAACAAAGGUUAAUUGACCUAUUCGAAGGACACCCUUAUGAUAUGUAUGAUGCUGCUCUAUCGGAUACUGUUGCAAAGUACCCUGUUGAUGUACAGCCCUUCAAAGACAUGAUAGAAGGAAUGAGGUUGGACCUGAGAAAAUCAAGAUACAACAGCUUUGAUGAGCUCUAUCUGUACUGCUAUUAUGUUGCUGGAACAGUUGGGCUAAUGAGUGUUCCAGUAAUGGGGAUUUCACCAGAUUCAAAGGCCUCAACAGAGAGUGUUUACAAUGCUGCAUUAGCCCUUGGGAUAGCCAAUCAGCUCACUAACAUACUCAGAGAUGUUGGGGAGGAUGCUAGGAGGGGAAGAAUAUAUCUCCCACAGGAUGAGCUUGAACGAGCAGGCCUGUCAGAUGAUGACAUACUCCGUGGGAAAGUGACUGACAAGUGGAGGAGCUUCAUGAAAGGACAAAUAAAGCGAGCUAGGAUGUUCUUCGAUGAGGCUGAGAAGGGUGUUCGGGAGCUAAAUUCAGCUAGUAGAUGGCCAGUAUGGGCAUCCUUGAUGCUAUAUCGACAAAUUUUAGAUGCUAUUGAAGCCAAUGACUACAACAAUUUCACCAAGAGAGCAUAUGUGGGAAAAUUGAAGAAAUUGGUAUCACUGCCUAUAGCCUACGGCAGCGCACUUAUGGGCCCUUCCAAGCUGACCCAGUUGGUGAGAAGAUGAUUUUCAUAUGUUCUUAUGUUUCUGGCCUUUGAACUGCCUUGAACAAGUCCAAAAUCUGUAAAUUUCCCAGACAUUUUACAUCAAAGAAAAUAGGAAUUGAUAGGGUUAAAUUAUCAGGUUGGAAUCUGUAUUCGUUCAGUCAAUUUUAUUGAAAAAUGAAAAAUUUCUUCAAUUCA